AUGGAAGGAGAUUGUGGUGUGUUGGAAUUAUCUUCUGAAUGCCUUGCUACACUGAUCACGCAUCCUGGUGAAGGUACUGUAAGUGAGGUCCUCUGUGCGUGGUUUCCCAGCGAGUCAUCUUUGCUUGAUGAUCUCAGAAAGGUGCAAAAUCUCAUUGCUUCGGAGCAGCUGCAGUCCCUUCUCCGCCACUCAGCCCCCCAUGCAUCGGAACUGCGGAACCGCGAUGGCCUUCCCAUGGCCUCAUUGGUAGGUGAAAAGACCACGAAGGCGUUGGCAUCAGAGUAUGCGUAUAUUUUCUGCCCAACUGGGGAUACUGCUAAACUAACCAACGUGACGCGUGUACUCAUUUCAUCAGAAUUUUUUGACCCUGCGUUGAUGCACUAUCUGGGCCCUGCCCUGUCGCACCGCAAGCCAUUUAUGUCGUUCUUGGCACUUGUGGUGUGGGCAGGUGGAAUUCGCUUGGCAAGUUCCAUCCUUCUUCCUCUGUUUAAAUUCGCACUGGAGGGAGGGAAGUAUGCGAUAGACAUGCCUGCUGUUCUGUGUUCACUUCGGCCUGGAAUGGAGUUCUCUAAGCUCGGUCCUGAUGAGCUAAUUUCUCUGAUUUUGGGGGAACUCGAAAAACGUCAUGUGUAUGUGAAGAAGAAUCUUGAUGGGACCAACGGUGCUGACAAAACGGAGCGAUACACUAUCUCUGUUCACUACGGAGACAAACAGGAGCUGUGCAAAGAAGGAGUGAGCCUAAGGGACUACUACAGAAUUGUGGUAGAAGAGGGCAAAAAACUACAAAAUGAUAUUCACCGAGUAAGGAGUAUGAAGGGGGAAUCGUAUUCUCAGCCCAACUGGAAGAUGUGGAUGCAUGAUAUCCGGGCGAUACUGCGAUUUCGAGCCCCGUACAAGGAUUUAUUUGAAUGUGGGUUUCUCGAUAAGGUGACGAGUUGUAACUGCUGGGUACCACUACGUGAAAUCCGUUGCCUGCUGUCCCGGAAUCGGAAGGCCACAUAUGGAGAACCACCAUCUGAAGAGGAACUGCAGGAACUCCUGGAGCAACAUGAUCACUUUCAGCGGUUUCAGGUUGGGGUUUGUGAAGUGGUGGAUAGUCCGUUUUCGGGACAGUUGUGCGCCCGUGCCCUCUAUGCCCAUUCUGUUACGGAGCCUUUGUAUGAACGGACCUUUUCAGCAUUUGAAGAGGUGGAGAAGACAGACGCAUGCCCUGUUCAUGCCUGGUUUCCCGUUGCAAACCAGAAAGAGAUUCAAAAGAUAGUUAGGGAUGAAUCAUACAUGUUGUACCAAACAGCUUUUUUCUCGGUGUUCUCAUCUGCAUCACUUUCUGAAUUUGACAAGUACCGAAGACGAACCCCUUUGGACGAGCAGUACGAUGAGAAGUUGAGUGGGACAAGCCCUGUCUUCUUCCUGGAGUUUUGUCUCCAUGCGGCAGUGCGAAGUGAACAGAUGAAGGUGUUGGAGGUUCCGCUUCGUGGUGGCUGUGGAGCUCAGUGGAAGGUAUUUCCACGAAGACAUGGUAACCCUGAGGAUGGCACCCCCUCCGUGGACGCGUACUACUUUACGGGUCGUGUGGCAACAUUGGAAUGCCCAAGUGUGGGGGAGGAUUCUCACGCAUUUUCUCAAGAAGAUAAAUUUGAUCCCAAAAUAUCAUUAUUUUUGCCACUGGCGCAUCUAGAACCGAGAAAAUUUACACCUGAGGAACGGCAACGGAUCUUCCGAAACGACCGUGACGCAGGAAAUGAUGAUAAGGUCGACACCUCGUGGGGCGUGGAAUCAUCUUUCGAAUCGGUUACAGUGGAUGUUAAGCAGAUCAGGCUGAACAUGGAGGCUGCGGAGAGGCAGGUAUUGGACUUGGUUGAGGACCCGUCUGCUUGGUCCACAUUGGUCUCCUUUCCAAAGAAAAACGACAGUGGUAUUGGUUAUUACAAUCGCCAAAAUGAUAUCAAAGCAUUCAAAAAGUGGAUUGUUUCUCUUGGUCUCUUGUUAGAGCGGUACCGCGGUACCGCAGGCACAGGUGACAAUUUGGAUCAUACGGACUGUGUUGGAGAAGAGAUAGAAGUGUACGAAAUACGAAAGCGUUGUAAAUGGACCUUCGAAGAGGUUCAGUCCAUUGCCGAGGAGUUGAAGCUAACAGAUGUAGUAGAACUGAGGCUUCUUCAGCAGGCGUUAACGCGUGAAUGUGAGUGUGAGAACACGGCACUGAGCUACGAGAUUUUGGAAUUUAUUGGGGACGCCAUGUUGGAUUUUCUGGUGUCAUUUGACAGUUUUCUCUUGGGAAAGCCGUGGAACAAUCAAGUUUGUACGCAGGUGUGCUGCAAUGAGGUGCUUGCCCGUCUCCUGCCUCACCGGGUGAGUGCCAAAUUGGGGAAUUGCUAUAAGGACUUGCCAUACAAGGUGAAAGCGGACAUGGUGGAAGCAAUUGUGGGUGCCGUGUACCGGAGCAAGAAGGGUCUUGAUGCGGUGCGAGGGUUACUUCGCUGCCUUUUUGCAAACCUUUUAACAAAUAUUGCCAAUACACCCGAUGUUGAGUGUGAGCGCGACCCGAUAAGGAUUGCGAUGGGUGCUUGCCCGUACCUUGAUGCCAGGAGUGAGACUCUGGAGCAAUUAUACAGGUUCAACUGUCUAUCCCUGAUAGAUGAAGAUAUCGCCGUGGAGUAUGCGUGUUGUGUUCCUCAGUUUGAUUGUGGCAAACAGAGUCACUCUGCAUUAACGCCGUUUAGCCGAAUUCAAGACAAGCCAUUCGCAACGCAUUUUACGACGGGAGUGGCAUACUCGUACCGACAUAUAACGUCCAUUGAUGCCCCGGCUUUGUUCAAUCGAAUUCUCUCUACAUUUGGCAGAAAGUCCAUUGCCUUUGUGAAUGAAAUUAUCACAGAGGAUACCCAUUUGGUGAUUGACUUUGAUGGCAGAGAUGUCUUCCAAUUGGGUAUUUUAAAUCUUAUCUAUAACUGGUUUAAGGAUCGGUAUCGUUCCAAAUCGUCGUUGCUUCUUUUGAACUGCUCAGGUAAAUCAGUUGUGACGGGAAAAAUAAAAAAAUCAUAUCACAUUCAUUUCCCGCAGGCGGUAAUACGUUUGUCCGACCUACAAGAUCGCAUGAAAGACAUGAGAAGAUACAUUUUGCAGCACUUGAACCACAACACCCUUAUUGGCGAUAUUGUGGGUUUUACAUAUGGUAAUGCUGAGACAACAAGGAACACUAUUAUUGGGCAAGUUGUUUUUACCACUGAUUACGUAGCCCAAGAACUCAAUAUAAUGGGUGGCAGUGCAGCAAAACGGAUAUGGGAGUUUAUGGAUGCACGCAGUUUGAUGAAGAUGGCCGCGACGUGCAAACUGCUUCGGGAAUCCGUAUUUUCAUAUCUCGCCUACAUUUCCAAGGAUCUGGGUACACUGGCAAGUGUCUUCGAAGUUUCCCGCGAAUUUAUCAUCACUUCUGAAGAUAACAGUAAUGAUCCCUAUCUCGUUGUGCGUGCACUUUGGCAUUCAGAAGACACACCGCACGGUCCUAACAAACUCUUCCUGCUCCCAAAAGAGAGUGUAUCAAUAAUCAAGGAGGAUUCCGGAGAAAUAAAGGACGCCGGGAUGCGUAAGGUUGGAGAUAAGGUGUUAACAGUAAAGGAAUUCUACAAUGACUGCGUAACCACGCAACGGCAAAAUUCUCUCUUUACAUAUGCAUUUUGGAAGCGUGUCAUUGACGAUGCACUUGCAGAGAGUAAGAAGUUGCGGAUGUACCUCAAUGACAAGUAUGAUAUGAAGUACGGACAAGAGUACCGCCCUCUCUUUCUUGACACAGUUAUCCGUCCUGGCGGUGAGGCGUGCCAGGUGAUGCGCAACACCACUGUGCAAUGCUUUAAUGUGGCCCCAGGGGAGGAAAGUCAAGGAGAUCAUAUAACCAACGAUGGCAAAUGCGAGAUUGCGCACGCAUCGAUGUUACGCCUCCUGGCACUUCGGUGCCCUGAGUACCGCGACGUCCAUGGGUUGUUGCGGAGCGCCUGGACCGACAGGAAUAAUGCGAACGAGACACUCUGCGGCCUCGGCGGUUUGACUGGGCGCGAUGACCGGCUGCCCUCUUUUGCGGCAUACCCGUCCCGAGUGGCUGCGCCCUGCGACAACUGGGAACUGUGGCGGGGCGGGGUGGCUGAGCUGGACACCGGCGCCGGCAAGACGGGUGCGCUGGUCCCGCUGUAUUGGACCCACAGUCCCCCCCGCGCCCACGUUGGCGGGGCGGUCGUCCUCAGUGCCGGUGGGUCCCCCUCCCUGCUGGACGCGCUGAACCCAGCAACCGGCGGCACUGGCAUGACCGCGAUGGCACGGCUCUUCACACCAAGUGUCACGGUCGCCAACGACGAAGUACAGGCAGCGUGGCUCACCAGCUACGCAGAGAAUGUGCUUCCACUGUUUCUCGUCUUGCGCAAGAGUCGUCGUGGCAGAGCUGAUGGCCGGGCGUAG